CAGGCACUGAACGGUCACCCCGCAGGGUCCUUGCGGGCGCGGGGCCCUGUGCCGUACAGCAUGGCGGCGCUGUGGAGGCGGGCGCGUCCCCCGGCACUGUCAGGGCUGUGCCGUACGCUCCGAGCGUUCUCAGGAAAGAAUGAGUAUGAUCUUCUGGUCAUUGGUGGAGGGUCUGGAGGCCUUGCUUGUGCAAAAGAAGCUGCUCAGUUUGGAAGAAAAGUGGCUGUUUUGGAUUAUGUUGAACCUUCCCCACAAGGAACCGCAUGGGGACUUGGUGGAACUUGUGUGAAUGUUGGCUGCAUUCCUAAAAAGCUUAUGCAUCAAGCAGCCCUUUUAGGGAGUGCCCUUAAAGAUGCUCAACACUAUGGCUGGAAUAUAUCCCAACCUGUUCAUCAUACCUGGUCUGUGAUGGCACAAGCUGUUCAGAAUUAUGUGAAAUCCUUGAACUGGGGACACAGAGUGCAACUACAAGACAAGAAGGUGAAGUAUUUUAACGUGAAAGGAAGUUUUGCUGAUCCACAUACAGUCCGUGGUUUAACAAAAGCAGGUAAAGAGACUGUUAUUACAGCAGAUAAUAUUGUCAUUGCUACUGGAGGAAGACCAAAAUAUCCUACAGAUAUUGCAGGUGCACGGGAGUAUGGAAUCACAAGUGAYGAUCUGUUCUGGUUAAAAGAAUCUCCUGGAAAAACGUUGGUUGUUGGAGCCAGCUAUGUUUCCCUUGAGUGUGCUGGAUUUCUAACAGGCAUUGGAUUGGACACUACAGUCAUGAUGAGAAGUAUCCCACUUCGUGGAUUUGAUCAGCAAAUGGCAUCUUUAGUAACUGAGCACAUGGAAUCCUACGGCACAAAGUUUUUAAAGAGGUGUUUCCCAACCAAAGUGGAAAAAUUGAAGAGCAACAGAUUACAAGUCACUUGGAAAAAUGCUGACCUGAACAAAGAAGAAACGGAUUCUUUUGACACARUUAUGUGGGCAGUAGGUCGAGCUCCUGACACCAAAACUCUCAACCUGGAGACAAUUGGAGUGAAAACUAAUUCUGAAACUGGAAAGAUUAUUGUUGAUGCCAGUGAAGCUACUUCUGUUCCUCACAUUUAUGCAGUUGGAGACAUAACAGAGGGCCGUCCUGAAUUAACACCCACAGCAAUAGCUGCAGGAAAACUGCUGGCUCAGCGCCUUUUUGGCCAGUCUUCAGAACUGAUGGACUAUGACAAUGUGCCUACCACAGUCUUCACUCCCUUGGAAUAUGGUUGUGUUGGAUUGUCAGAAGAAGCAGCCKUGCAACGUCAUGGAUCUGACAAUAUUGAGGUGUACCAUGCAUAUUACAAACCUUUAGAGUUUACAGUGGCUGAAAGAGAUGCAGCUCAGUGCUACAUGAAAAUGGUGUGCUUACGAGAGAGGGAGCAACGAAUACUUGGCCUUCAUUUCAUUGGACCAAAUGCAGGCGAAGUUAUUCAAGGAUUUGCUCUUGGAAUCAAAUGUGGUGCUACAUAUCCUCAGAUGAUGAAGACAGUUGGCAUUCACCCUACCUGUGCUGAAGAAGUKACCAAGUUGCACAUCACAAAGCGUUCUGGCUUGGAUGCAACAGUCACAGGCUGCUGAGGUUAAAUACCAUCCCUGGAAAGAGGGAAAAAAAGCACAAAAUGUAUUUGUAAAGAAAAGGGGCACUUAGAGUUGAAACAGUUUUAGUGGUUCAGGUUACAGGAAUCUUUCUUGUUGUCCUUGUAGACAGUUUUUUCUCACAGCCAAAAAAAAUUUCUUUACACCAUUACAGUUCUAAAACCAAUGCAGUCCUGCUGCAACARAUCUCUCUCUUUCAAAGUGCCUAAAGCUCUUCUCUUGCUGGGAUCUAGGGAAUAAUCAUAGUAUUUUAUAUGUAAAUAUAACUAAAGUCUGUGACAUCUGAGGCCAUCUACAAAUGAAGMAGUUGUCUUUUGGCAGACUGACUGCCAGCAGAGGAGUCUCAGAGUCAGACAGGCCUUCCUUAGAAGUUUGGUGUGAUGCUUUGUCCUGCAUGCUUGGAUGGCUCAUGAAUGAUCCUAAUAUUGAACACUGAGACUCUGCAUUCAUGAGUGGAAAUAAGUUCCUSGAGCAGGUAACAAUGGGUAAGCAGUCAUCUUUGGGGUUUUUCCUUUAAAAUGUGCUAUGUAAAGGAAUUGAAUAGAAAAUCGCCUGAAGCUGUCCUGCUGGAAGAGUCACAAUGCAUUAAUAAGUAGCAGCCUGGUCACAGUGUUAUGGUGAGGAUGGAGAAUGAAUGAUCUCAGAGGUGCUGAAKGAGAAGUUAGAUUUUAUGGUGGCUUCUCUGCCGACUCCUGAAAUUUUUAAUUCAGCUCAGUCCAAACUAAAUUGACACAUCUCACAAAUUACUGCUUGAACAGUGUAUAUUAAGCUGACAAGUAAAGUAAAACCCACUAAUAAUCCACCUUAUGCAGCAUUUUCUGUUUUAUAGAAUGCAGAAAUAUAGCUGACACUGAAAUAUUUUCUUGAUUUGUUUUUAUGACUUUCUUGCUCAUGGGCUGGAGACUAUAUCUCAAUAGACUUUUAUUAAAUUUGCUUUAAUAAAGCAUGUUACUAAGGGAACUACAUUAAACAGUAAUCCAGAAAAGAAAGGGUCCUGCUCAGAGCAAAGAUAUGAAGUAAUUUUCUGCAGUUUUGUUUUAUUUGGGUGUUUUUUUUGCGUACUGACCCAAAUAAGAGAGCAUUACCCUGUUGCARAUUCCUGCUGAUUUUCGGGCUCUCCAGAAGGGGGAGGUGCUGGCUCAUCUGUGGCGGGAAGGGAACAAAUCUGAGAGUGAAUCUUCUUGUGCAGAACCCUGGUGAGGAGGUAGCCUGACAAARGCAAACACAAAACAAACUGCACUGAAUUUCAAUCUCUGUCGCAGCUGCAAUAUUUGGAUGUGCACAGUCACAGUUUCUUGACUCUUUACAGCAGAAUAGCACACAUUGGAAGAGACCAGCUUGAGGUGAAACAACGUAUAUCCUUUUUUGUUGCUUAAUAUCAGUGUUUUAUAUGUGGAAUUUUAUWUUUUCAUUCCAAACUUGUUGCACAGUUUUGAAGAAUAGUCUGAGGAUCGUCUAUAUAUCUGUUGUUUUAAUUUGAUUGGUGUUUCACUGCUGCAGCCACACAGAAAUGGUUGGUUGAUAUCCAGUAUGAAAUCGUUUUUACUAUGGAAAGUAUACCUGUCUGAGAAACUAUUAGAU